GUUGGGCAGUGGCAGAGAGGGAGGAUGAUGAGAAGUCAGGUCCGGCAGAGGACGUGCCAAUUUUCCUGGAACCUUCUGUAGAGGAUGAGGUCCCGGUUCCGAAAGCUCUUCUUGGGAAGGUGAUUGGGAAGCAGGCAGCUACCAUCAUCGAGAUCCGAGAAAAGAGUGGGGCUUUCAAGGUGGAUGCCAGAGAUCAGACUUCUGAUCCUUGCAUGGUCAAAGUGGCCGGCACAGCAGAAGCAGUCAAGAAGGCCAAGGAGCUUAUCCUGGAGCUCAUUGAUCAAACCAAGCAGAAACAUUUGAGUUCACAUUACGUGGAAAUUCCGCGCUCAAAGAUAGGCAUGGUCAUUGGGCUCAAAGGAGCACAGGUGAAUGAGGUGCAGGCGCAGACUGGAACCAAAAUCGACGUUGACUUUGAGACAGACCCGUGCAAGUGCUACAUCAAGGGCGAGGCAGACAACGUUGACCGUGCGAAGAAGGUCCUGCUGACAAUAGCGAUGCAGCUGGAGGACGAAGCAUCUGAGUACAUGGACUUGCCGAAGACGGUUUCCGGUGCCCUGAUUGGUGCGCAAGGUUCACGCAUCCGCCAGUUUCAAGAGACCAGCGGGGCCCGCAUCGACAUUGACAAGUCUGGUGCACGCUGCAAAGUUCGACUGACUGGCAGCCAGGAGGCAGUGUCCAUUGCCAAAUCGCUCAUCGAGGCAGAACUGCAAAAGAACAUGGUUCCGACCAAAACGCCAGGAAGCAUGGCGGGCGGUGGUGGAGUGUCGCAUGGGCCAGUAUCUGUGCCUGCGCAUCAGCCCAGCAGCUUCCCAGCCACGCUGUCAGAGUCCAUCGCCAGAGCGAGAGCUGCAGCAGAAGCUGUGAAGCACGGGCUGAUUCCAACCGGGCCGCCCGAAGGGUCCCCUGUAAAUCCACCUCCGCCCGCUCCAGCAGCUCCAGUGGUUGUGCCACCACCGCCCAGGCCGCCAGGGCCACCAGGGCUGCCAGGUGCGCCCACGGGUGGGCAUUGGGGAGGAGGCCAGUGGGGGAGCGGUUGCGGUUGCGGUGGCGGUUGCGGAGGCGCUUGGUGA